UUUUGAAACUAAAGUGGAGGAGCGCUGGGCGCUGGCUUUGAUUCUUUUUUUCUUCUCUCUUCCUUCCUUCGAGGAGCUCUGGUCGAUGCUAUGGCGCGCGUCGUGGAGGCGCCGGAGGGCGGCGGCUUGUUCUAGCGGAUCGCUGACGCUGUAGCAUUUGGAAAGGAGCUAUGGCGAUCGAUCUGUGUGUGAGCUAGCGGCAUUGAUCGAGGUAAGCACGGCGUAGCGAAAUAUCGCUCCCAGCGAUGGUUAAGGCGCCGCUGGCCAUGGAUCGAUGACCCUGGAGGAGUAUCGAGAUCUCGAUGGAAAGCAGCAGGCUGUGGUGGGGAAGAAGCGCCGGAGUGCUCAUCGGCUUCUUGUUCUUGGCACAUUUGGCAAGCGGGCUGAGACCACUGCUACCCUAUGGCACCGAGUUCGUGAAGAAUCCCACCGGCUUGUUACGGAGGUCUCUCGAGGAUGGGGCGUUUUCACCAGAUUUCUCUCCAGCCUCUGGACCUUCUCCGCUGCCACAAGAAGCCUCGGCAAUUAGUCCAUCUGGGGGUACUUUGCAAGCUCCGAUCGGUGCUAGUGAUAGCGGACACAGUGAUGGUGGUGGCCAUCACAUGAGAAAGGGUGUCCUUGCCGCAAUCAUCCUCGUGCCCACGCUGGUUUGUGCCUCUAUACUUUUGUCUUCGUACAUUUCGCUGGAUUCUCUCCGACCCCGGCUAGCGAAAGUUUUUGGGAAAGAUGAAGGCUAUUCCGACCCUCCAACGCCUCUGCCCCCUUAUCAUGGCGGUGGGGGUCCAGUUCAAAUCAAAACGAAGCGUUCCGAUGAACCGGCAAAGCCAGCUCAAGUUAUGGAUUACAAAAUGCUGGAAAGUGCCACUGACAGAUUCAGCGAGGAGAAUCUCAUCGGGGAGGGUGGAUUUGCUCGAGUGUACAAGGCCCAGCUGGAUGAUGAUCAUGCCAUCGCAGUGAAGAAACUAUCCACCGAAAAUGAUCAGGCUGACGAAGAGUUCCGGGCCGAGAUUGAUCUCAUGGGGCGAAUUCAUCAUCACAACUUAAUAGCUCUUCUUGGUUUCAGCUCGCAAGGAGAAGACCGACUUCUCAUUUAUGAGUUGAUGACAAAUGGUUCACUGCAGGACCAGCUUCAAGGGCCUGCCCAAGGAGCUGCUCUCACCUGGCAUUUACGCCUCAAAAUUGCCCUUGACGCAGCCAGAGGACUUGAAUACCUUCACGAUCACUGCGAUCCACCAGUCAUCCACAGGGACUUCAAAUCUUCUAAUAUACUCCUAGACGAAGACUUCAAUGCAAAGCUAUCCGACUUUGGUCUUGCUCUGAUGGUACAAGAAGGCGCCGGCAGCCUUCAACUGCAAGGCACAUUUGGCUACGUUGCUCCAGAAUACAUCCUCACUGGAAUUCUCACGGAGAAGAGUGACGUCUAUGCAUUUGGCGUUGUGCUUCUGGAGCUCAUCACCGGGAGAAAACCCAUUGACGUCUCAAUGCCAACAGGGUGCCAGUCGCUUGUGACAUGGGCCACGCCGCAACUGACCGACCGCACCAGGCUUCCCCUCAUUGUGGAUGCUGCGAUCAAGGAUACUGUCAACUUGAAGCAACUCUUCCAAGUCGCUGCUGUUGCUGUUCUAUGCGUCCAGUCGGAGCCAAGCUACAGGCCUUUGAUUGGAGACGUGGUGAACUCUCUGAUCCCGCUGGUCCCUUGCGAGCUGGGUGGUGCUUUGAGGGCGAUUGAUCCGGCAGGAGCCACUGCGGCAAACUCCCACUCCCAACACGGCGUGUAAAACAAAGGAUGUGAGUAACCAUGCGUAGAAUGCAACAAUUUUGUAGAGAAGCAUGGCUAUAUGAAAUAUUCCACAUUUAAAUAAAAACUCUUCUUCCUCUAA